AUGUAUGUUGUAUUUUUGAGGUGCUUGUUGGACCAAUCUGUGUAUCGCGGUCAGCGCUCAAUGUCUCUUGGUGGACCGGCUCACGAGUCGCUCAUGUCUCAACUUGCCGCUCGUCAAAAUGGCACCACAAUCGACCUCUCGCCCGGAGAGAAAAACAAAGUCUGUCUGGUGUGUGACGACAUGCGUUUCCUGCUUGAUCAAAAACUUUUGACGGCUCACCCAGACACGAUGCUUGGGCGAAUGUUCGCCAUGCGUGAUGCCAGAGGAGCAGGCGCAGAUAUGGUUACUCCGAAUGAGAGGGACGAGUUUGUGGUGGCUGAUGGCACAACUGCUGCGUGCUUCCGAGUCGCUUUGGAGUACUACACCCAUGGUCAGAUGCGCUGCCCUCCAAACAUAUCUGUAGCGGAACUGCGCGACGCUUGCGACUACCUUCUCAUCCCAUUCAAUGCAAGCACAGUAAAAUGUCAAAAUCUGCAUGCACUUCUGCACGAGUUGUCGAAUGAAGGAGCCAGGGAACAAUUCUCGAAUUUCCUGGAAGAGAUCAUUCUCCCACAAUUAGUUGCGAGUACAGAGCAUGGUGAGCGUGAAUGUCACAUAGUUGUGUUACUCGAUGAAGAUGUAGUGGACUGGGAUGAUGAGUAUCCACCACAAAUGGGCGAAGAGACCACCCAUGUGGUGUACAGUUCGCAUUUGUACAAGUUCUUCAAGUACGCCGAGAAUCGAGACUGUGCAAAGCAGGUAUUGAAGUCGAGAGGUCUGAAGAAGAUCCGGCUCGGAAUGGAGGGCUACCCGACGCACAAGGAGAAAGUAAAGAAGCGAUUCAAUAAGGCUGAAGGUUGGCAUCUUCAAAGAGCAUACUAUACAUUGCAGUAUAGCAGUGGCUUUCCUAUGGGUGUUCUAUUUUGA